AUGAAUUACACACAAAAUAAACGAACUGAUGUUACCGGCACAGAGGCCCAGGAAACCUCAGGCCCGGCAGGUGUGGGUGAGCUCGCCACACCGGUCGUUAUCAGUAGCUCUGGACAUGCGCAAACGAAUAAGGAACGGAAAUGUCGGAGAAAAAUGACAACGGAUGUAUUAAGGCUAAGAGGAGGGGGAGACCCCGAUUCUGGCCCCAAUGCUGAUGAUGGCACAAAUGCCAAUGCAAGUGGUGCCAUGGCCGUUGACCAGGGCAGUAAGAAAAAGCACGCGGGCCAUGUAGAUAGCGUAACGCUGUUGAAAGAACUCAAUACCCACCUAGGGUGCAUUGAACAGACGAUUGCCGUCGAAAGGAGUAAGAAGCUAACGGUAGGCAGUGCUGAAAUUAUCACUAGCCGACUAAAAGCCAUCAGAGAUAUCCAUAGCGACCUCUGCAUGGAGAACAGCAGACUAAAGGGUGUUACUCAGUUCAGUGCAUCGGAGCUAAAAGGGCUACUGGACACUUUUACCAGGGCUCAAAGUGAAAAGAGCAAGGAGAUCGAGGAUCUCCGCCUUGAGAAUUUAAUUCUCAAGGAAAGGCUCGAAGAGUUAACUAAUGGCGAGAGCCAAAAUCCAAGUACCGUUACCUAUGCCACUAUGGCAGGCACAAGAGCGGAUGAGGUAGCCGCUCCAAAGCCAGCAAAGCCAGCAGUGGUUAAACCCGCUGUAAAAAGGCCUACUACCAGAGCCACCAAGAAAAAGGUCUUGGAAAAAUGCAGGAACACAGAGGUGAAGUCACGCUUCGUUAUUGAGGUGCCCUCGAACAGGACGGUGGCCCAGGUUAAGACUGACCUGUGGCAAACGAUCCAAAAGAAGUUGCCGAACCCAAGGGCAAAAACUAUUGUACAGGGCAAUACACUCGUCGUACUGCCGGACGACAAAUUAACGUUCGAGGUGUUAAACAGGGUGCCUAACGUCAGGGCGGUCGGGCCGAGGCAGCCCAAAAUCAUCGUCUACGACGUAGACGACGAUAUAGCCGGCGACCAAAUUGCUCAUGGCAUCAUGGAACAGAAUCCAGAGCUCGAGCUCAACCAGGACGACGCUGAGAGCAUAGUUGUAAGCCAUAAGUUGGGCCCUAGGGAUAAGGGUACCUCCCACUGGGUGUUGGAGACACCACCCAGCGUUCUUAAAAAGCUGGAAAACAAGUCGGUCUUCCUGGGAAUGACAAGAUGCAGAGUCAGGCUGCAUCAGAGCGUCACGCAGUGCUACAAGUGCCAAAAAUACGGGCACACGUCGGCCAAGUGUAACCAAGAGGCGCCCACCUGUAAGCACUGCGCAGGGCCGCAUGACAGUCGUGAGUGCAGCGACAAAGCCAGUAAAAAAUGUGCAAACUGCAAAGGCCAGCACAUUGCGUCGAGUGCAACAUGUAAGACCCGUGAACAGGCAUUGCGAAGCCUGCUUAGGCGCACUGACUUCGGCCCGAAAUGA